GCUGAGCUGCAUCAGUGUGGCCGUGGACUCAUGGCAAUUACGAUCGCGUUGCUUACGUUGCCGCUAAGUUUGUAAGCCUGUUCAACGCUGUCAAUAAUUGACGUUUUUAGUGACACACCACCGGCGUUUUAGUGCGAUCUUGUGAAUUAAACUUGUUUUGAAAUUGGGUUUUCUAAAGGAUUUUGCAAGAGAAAAUGUUUAGAAGAUAGUUUUGGACAUAGUUUUUAAGGGUUUACUGAAGAAUAUUCAUUUUUAACACAUCACCAUGGCAUUCGGAAGAAACAACUUGGCGAACAGAAACAGGAACAGCUGGGGACCUAUGAGUCUCAGCUUUCCGCGAAGAGAUCCCGAUGAAGAAUACGCCGAAGAGUGCACGGAAAGAAUGAUGAACGCGCAGAGUCGUCAAUUGGACCCGCUUAAGGAAGACUUGGCGGACUGGCUUAAUAAAACCCUUGAUAUCGACUACAUAAAGAGAGAAAACUUUUUAGACAUCCUGGACAAUGGAGCAGUCCUGUGCCAUUUGGCUCAUAUCGUACACGAUUUUGCAGUCGGUGCUUUCAAUAGAGGUGCAUACAAAGGGAAAAUACCAGUUAUCAAAACAAAAUGCUUCGAAAAAGCAGCCAGGAGGAGUUUCUACUCCAGAGAUAACAUGGAGAAUUUCAUUAAAUUUUGUCGGUCUUUGGGUGUCCACGAGAACCUAUUGUUUGAGAGUGAUGACUUGGUUCUGCAUAAUCAACCAAGAAACGUCAUUCUGUGUCUGCUGGAAGUGGCAAGGAUUGCCACAAAAUUCGGCGUCGAACCUCCUGGGUUGGUACAACUGGAAAAAGAAAUCGCAGAACAGGAAAUCAACAAUUCUGCAGGCGAUUCAAUGUUGUCGUGGCAAUUCCAGGCCGCCACACCACCCAGAGUUGACAGCAGUUUGAAAAUGAAACACAGCAAUUCCACUUCGGCAAUAUCAGCUUACGCAAGCUGGAACGGUCCGAAUAUGAUUCUCACGCCUGAAAGAGGUGCAGGAGAUGGUUUAUCCUCCCUCCAAAUGGCCACUCCAAGUGGUGCCAGCGAUGGCGUGCCUAGUGAUAAUACAGAAGACGACGAUUGGUCUAGGGGCAGUGGAGAGGAUCCAGAUCUUAGCGUCGUGGUGGAUUCGCGAUCCCACACUCCAGGUCCUGCUGGAGACGGCCAUAGACUAACGGAAUUGGACAGGAAGGUGCAGACUGCUGCCAGACUAAUGCAAAGAAAUUGCAAUUGCUCCAGCGGAAAAUGCAACAAACUAAACGUCAGCAAAGUUGGCGAAGGAAAAUACAACAUUGCCGGGAAAAAUGUUUUUAUCAGACUUCUCAAGGGUCGUCACAUGAUGGUGCGGGUCGGAGGUGGCUGGGACACCCUCGACCACUUCCUGUUACGUCACGAUCCAUGCCAGGUGAAGGUCGUUUCCAGAGACACUGGCUCGCGACCGGCCAGUGCCUCUAAGUAUCUCACCAUUCGCGCAAAGUACCGCAGUCCGCCGCCCGCUAGGGAGGGCGCCACGCGCCAGUAGGCAACACCCUACACCGCAAGCUUUGCUUUCAAAAGAUAUUCCACUGUUAACAUAAAGUCAUUUAUGUUUAACAGUGGGAUAUCAUAUUAUUUUUUGCUUGAUAAAGCAAUAUUUAUUGAAGUAGUGCUUCCAAUAGUUUUUUUAUAUCAUAGUAUUAAUAAGUCUACAUUUGCUGCGCAAAUUUUAUCGUAAGGUAUCUCAUAAAACACGUACUCAACCAUAUCAUUUAAGUUAUAAGCAUUUAAGGG